AGCAUCCAUUAAAUAAAAAGUAUACCAUUCUUCCAUCCCCUUACAACUACCCCUACCCCAUCCAAUUUACAACACCCACCCCCAAACCCAAGAAUAAUUAGUACAUACUAUACAUCCAAAAUGAGCUACACAAUCACCACCCCCCCACCCACCCUCCUCCCCCCCACCAGCGCCGCCAUGAUCUCCUUCCUGGAGAACUUCUACCGCAUCAGCGACACCGAAUCCCUGCAUAACGAAUACGUGACGAAUUUCACGGAAGAUGCGACGCUCAUUAUGGGCUCGAAGGUUGCGAAGGGGUUGGAUGAAAUCCUCACCCUCCGCCACGGCCUCUGGACCCACGUCGCGCGCCGCAAACACACCCCCGAGCGGGUGUAUUUCGGCGCGGAGCGAGAACUCAUGCUGUAUGGGACGGUGAAGUAUGUGCUGAGAAAGGAUGUGGAGGCUGGAAAGCCUGAUGAGGAGAUUGAGGUGCCUUGGGCGGGGAGGGUCGUGUUUGAUGAGAAGGUCGAGAAAAUGCGGUUUUAUCAGGUUUAUUUGGAUCCGACGGCGCAGGGUGGGAAGAAAUAAGUACUUAGUUGGGAUUGAGGAGU